AUGCCGCUGGUGUAUCAUUCCCUCAAACGGGCGCCUCAAGAAGCUGGAGAACCCAGCACUGUCAUAUCGGGGGCUGACGAGUGGCAUGGGGUGUACAGACACCUGCUGUUUCAAUGUGGACCUGUCAAUCCUCCUUGCUUGGGCCAGAAAGACAACGAUGCUGGUAGGAAAUCGAGCGGUGGGGAGUUCCCUUCGGGUUGCAAUGCAGCGAUGGCGAGGCUUGCGGAAGCUGCAUCAGUAGUCCAAGACAGCCAGUUGAGUGAAGACACCGCCGCACUUGUGCAAGACUUCCUGAGUGACUCUCCCAAAAUCCGGCAGAAGGGAUGUGCAAGCAUUUGGCGAAUCGCUCAAGCGCUUGGAGAAGGAGCCGAAGAGUUUUUCAUGUUCUUGCAAGGCAACUGCACUGAGACUCGUCGGUGUGCGUUGUCUGUUUCAGAAUUCGAGGAGAGUGAAGACAGCGAAGAUGUUGUGAUGGCGCUUUGCAAAGAGCUCACGACGCUUUUCGACGCAUAUGGAGAAGGAAAGAGAGCUUUGACAGCGACGCCAAUCGGUUGGACCGACGAGGGCGUGAACGCCUUAGCGAGUCUGCUGCUUCGCAUCCUCCCACACAGAGACAGGGAGUUGAGGGAGUCAGCGCAGCAGGCUUUCACCUCUCUCCUUGCAGUCUGUGGUCAUUCAGCUGCGCUGAAGCGCCAGCUGAUGCUUCGCGUGCUGGAUCUGUGCGGAGAUGGGCGGGAUGCAUUUCGCUUGGCGGCUGCUUCCCUGCUUCCCGCCACUCUUCACUGCGCGCGUCGAUGCUGCAUGGAGCUUGCUGAGGCAAGGGGGUCGAGCGCGCAAGUGUCGUCAGAAGCGACUCCCUCUCUUCAUGCCUUGAGAGACUUGAAACAGAAGCUGCUUGCCGCGUAUCUUGCGCUCUGUGGCGACAAGGAUUGCGCCGUGCAGCUGACGGCGGGGCAGCAGCUGCCUCGCUUUGUAGACUUCGUUGCAGCGGAGAUUGAGACGCUUCAGCAGGAGCAGCCGCCAGUGCAUGCUCCUGCAGAAGACGCAGCAGACGGUGCUGCAGCUGCUGCUGAAGACCAGGGAAAGAUUGGAGAGCUCAUGAUUGCCCUAUACACAGCAACCCAGAAGUUUACCUUAUCUCUCCACGAGAGCUGCAGGAUGCAGGCAGUCUCGGCAGUUGCGGCAAUGGCUCUACGGAAUGCUGCAGUGUUCAAGGCGCUUGGAUCCAACUUCUUUCCAAUGCUUUGCAGUGAUUCUUCAUGGCGAGUCAGAGCGACCGUCUGCCUGGCGCUAGAAGAUCUCUCCCGUCUCUUCUACAGCCCUACGACUAUGGCAAAUGCUGCUGAAGAUGGCAUGGGAACGGCGGAUGCUGCUGUCACUGGCGACAAGCCUGCAAGCAGGAUGCCGCCUCUACUUUUUAAGUUCCUCACCGAUAGAUCUCCAAUGGUCAAGCUAGCGGCGUUGCAGGUUCUCCCAAGAGUGGCAAGGAUAGCUGGAACUGCGGGAUUCGUGCGCGAUGCGUGGAUGCUGGAGCUCCACAAAAUAGCAGAAGACGACGGGGCAAAUCCGAUCUCGCGGCUCCCAGGCGCGUGCCUUGAUGCAGUGCUCGCUCUCCUUCCGCUGGCAUCAGGUGCUCAGAGAAGGGCGCUCAUGGAGCUGGCGAUGCAGCUUGUUCGACGGGGGAACUGGAAGCUUAGGAUUGCGUUUCUAGGCGCUAUGGGCGCCAUCAUCACAUCGGAGGAAGUGGCGCUUGUUUCCCCCAUGAUCCUUAGUGAGGAGUUUGUCAAAGAUGAAGACGGAGAUGACUGCUGGCGCAUUCAUGCAGCCAUCGCGCAACAGCUCCCUGUGUUGAUGCGGGCCAGGUUCGAAAAGCAAGAGGGUGAAGCCUGGUGGCGGCGUUGCAGCGAACUGCUUCUGCACUCCGGUAAGGAUGAACUGAAGGUUGCUGCUCGUGCUGGUAGCGUUUCGCCAUCGAAGCAGAUGAGAGUCUGUGACCACUGUGGGUUUGCAGCUUGGGCAGUUCGGCAAGAAGCAGGUUUUGCACUCCCAUCGCUUCUAAAACUCGAAAACGAAGAACAUCACGCAAGGGAGCAAGCGAGCGUUGCGCCAGAGUGCCGCGUCUUUAGGGCGCUUCAGCAAGUAGCAGCCUGCAAGAAUGCCUUCAUUCGGCAGGAUCUGGCGUUCUAUUUGCAUGUAGGCUCACGAAGCCUCUCAAGUCACCUCGACCAGUUCAUCCCUGCCCCAGUGCAGUCCGAGGCUGCACUUUCAACGGCAUGCAGCGGCUGUGGUCAGCCGGGUGUGGGCGCUCCUCUCUGUUUGAUUGCAGCAAAUCUGGAGCAUUCUGCCUCCAGAAAGAGUGCCGACCCUAGCCUUGCCGUUGCUACAGUGCUUGCUGGAAGACUCAGCGCCGUGCUGCAGGUUUGUCGAUGCGCCUGUCUACUGAGGGCUCUCCCAUAG